AGAUUUACAAGUGACAAGUGAAUAGCAAUAAAAUAUAUAUGCUCGCGUGAAUUCCGAUGGAUCCCGAAGGCGGGAGUUUGGUGCGCAGAUCACGCGCCGAUCAAUGCCAGAAGCGACGUCGAGGAUGCGCGGUUGCGACAUCGCCGGCGCCUGCACCGUAUAAAACGUACUCACGGACCCGCAAUCAGUACGAGUCCUGUUCUAACAGUACACCACAACCAACCCAACUAUCAAAAUGAUGAAGUUUAUCGUAGUCCUCGCCGCGCUUGUCGCCAUCUCCGCCGCUAAGCCAGCCUUAGUCAGCGCUCCCUUAGUCGCCGCCGCCCCUGCCGCUGUAGUCACUGCCUCCAGCUCGCAGUACUACCACCGCAUCAACAGUGGACUCGCCGCCUACGUAGCAGCUCCUGCCGCCUACGCCGCAGCCCCUGUCGUAGCUGCCCCCUAUGCCGCACCCUACGUAGCAGCACCCUACGUCUCUGCUCCCUACGUCGUAUUGCUGUUGUCGGUGUGUGGCUUGGUGAAGAGCUCAGGAGUGCAUGACGGUGCUUUUGGACAAUUAGCGCCGGUGGCAGUUGCAGGACCUGAAGCUCCUGUGGUCAAUGCUCCGGUGGUCACGGCUGCCAGCUCGCAGUACUUCCAGAGGACCUUCAACCGCCUGGUAGUACCACCAGUGGUAGCUCCCGUUGCACCUCCCCCUUUACAACCAGUGUUCCAUGUGGGCCCUCCCCCAACGGUAUUUGUUGAACCGACCCGAGCAGUCCCAGUUGCAGUAAACCCUCCACCACCUACUCAAGCAGCCCCAAUACAACCAAAUGUGGCUAUAGCUGUAGCCACAGCGCAUGCUGCCGCACCCGUUGCCACCAUUUUAUUGCCGCCGUACCCAUUCGGUUUUCCUCCCAACUUUGGAUUUAUACCUUCGGAACAACCUACAAAUGUACCUGAUGAAAAUACCAGAGAACCAACAACUCAAUCGACGACGCAAACUGAGACUGAGGCUACUACUACUACUAAUCAAGAACCUGAACCUACCACGCCUAUACCAUCAGGUAGUGAUAACAACUUUGUUCAAGCGUUGCCUUCCAACGAAAACAUCAAUUUCAAACAAUAUGGAGCACCGGCACCACCGAAUGGACCACAAUUCCAGCCUAAUCAACCUCGGCCACAAUUUCAACCACAGCAACCACAUCCGCAAAUUCAACCAAACCAGCGUCCACAGUUCCAGCCUCAGCAACCACGUCCGCAAAUUCAACCACUGCAACCUCUGCCUCAAUUCCCAUUACAGCAGGCGACAAAUCAAUUCCCUAAUCAACAAUCUCAGCCUCAAUACCCACCUCUACAACCACAACCGCAGUUUCCACUACAGCAGCCUCGUCCCCAGUACCAGCCACAAGCGCGGCCUCAGAACCAGCGCCCAGUGUACCAGGCACCUCAACAGCCGUGGCCGCAGCAGAAAGCCAGACCACAGAAAUUGAAAACUUCAGUGGAAGUGGUUCCUGUGCCAUUAGCGUAUAUUACUCCACCACCUCUACAGAAACCUCACGCACAUGCAACUCACGCUCAUAUAAAAGUCGUGAAACAUAUUUAUUCCUUUGUGCCGGCAAGCAGUGCGAAGAUCAUCUUACGCCCCAUAAAAAUACGACCGGCGCGAUUAGUAAAGGUGAAAAAAGUACAUCCUCAGAAUUUAAGAGCUAAUGCUAGAGACAUUGAAGUCACUACAUACAGCCCGUUUCCUCGACCCAACACUAAGCCACCUAAAUUACUUCGCUACCGUAUAAAAGGUAUUGUCACCAAACUUCAGACAUCACACUCACAUCUUCUGUUCAACAGACGAACAACAAACAUUAACAAAAUGUUCAAAAUUGUAUUCUUCGUUGCUACCCUAGCCCUGGCGGCCGCCAAGCCUAGCGCAGUAGUAGCCGCUCCCCUGGUUGCGGCCGCAGCCCCUCUGGUUGCCGCUCCAGCCCCCUUCGUGACCGCCACCAGCUCACAGUACGUCGCCAGGAAUCACAAUGGACUAUACGCUGCUGCUGCUCCGCUGGUCGCUGCCCCAGCUCCUUACGUUGCCUCUCCAUACAUCGCCCCUGCGGCUAAGAUAGUUGCUCCUGCCGCAGCUCCCUUAGUCGCCGCUCCUGCCCCAGUGCUGCCCGCCUAUGCCCGGUACGCUGCUCCUUACUACGCGGCGUCACCUUACUUCGCCCCAUCCGCUCCCCUCAUCGCCUACUAGUAAACAAUGACUGAUAUUUAGCCCAUUUUUAUACCGAAGAAUACAUAAUUACAACCUA